UGAGAAAUGACGUUCUUCGCGUCUGACUGCACCAGCUGUUAUUGGUAUAUUUCCCGUCUGUUGCGUAUGAGUCGUGAGCUGGUCGUGAGGGGAGACGCGCCAGUCUGUAAAGCCCGUAAAGUUGCCAGCUCGUGCGCGGAAGGUGGCUGUGUUUGAUCAUUGUUUUUCAUGUUCGCGUGUUAUUCUGGAAACAGCAGUGGAGAGAUUAUGUCUGAAAGUCACAUAAUAGUGAAUACCAAGUGAAAAGGAAGAUCCAAAUGUGUGUCAGUUUAUGCGUUUGAAACAGUUUCAAUUUAACUCUGUUUGAAGAAUGUACUUUUACCAACAUUGUUUGUCUUACUGUUUAUUUUCGACAGAUAUAUCUGUACUAUCUUCUUGGUAGAAAUGAAAUAUGGAGCUGUGAUACAAAAAGAUGUGUGUGGAAUUAAUGCAGAGGAGAUACUUGUAACAACAUUGUGAAAAAGUGUUUUGGUGUAAUAAUUUUUAAUCUUACUAGCAAUAAUGACUGAAAAUACAGGAUCAGCAAGCUUUCUGCAUAUGGGGGAUAUUGUUUCCCUCUAUGCUGAAGGAAAUGUGUGUGGAUUUUUAAGCACAUUGGGGUUAGUAGAUGAUCGGUGUGUGGUUUGUCCAGAUGCAGGUGACCUUAAUAAUCCACCCAAAAAAUUUCGAGAUUGCCUUUUUAAAAUGUGCCCUAUGAAUAGGUAUUCGGCACAAAAACAAUUCUGGAAGGCAGCGAAGCAGAGUGCUAGUUCUGGAACUGAUGCAGGACUUCUCAAGAGAUUGCAUCAUGCUGCAGAAAUUGAAAAGAGGCAAAAUGAGAGUGAAAAUCGGAAAGUACUUGGACAAAAUGUAACUUACGGAGUUGUUGUGCAGUUGUUGCAUCUUAAAUCAAACAAGUACCUGACUGUAAAUAAACGAUUACCUGCACUUUUAGAAAAAAAUGCUAUGCGUGUGUAUUUGGAUGCAAAUGGAAAUGAGGGCUCUUGGUUUUAUAUUUUGCCUUUCUACAAAUUACGUGCACCAGGGGAUAAUGUUGUGGUGGGUGAUAAAGUGAUUAUUAAUCCUGUGAAUGCUGGUCCACAAGUUCUACAUGUUGCGGCCAGUUACGAGCUUCCAGACAACCCUGGUUGCAAAGAGGUUAAUGUUGUUAAUUCAAGUACAUCAUGGAAAGUUACAUUAUUCAUGGAACACAAAGAAAACCAAGAAGAAAUUUUGAAAGGAGGUGAUGUUGUACGUUUAUUUCAUGCUGAACAAGAAAAGUUUCUUACAAUGGAUGAAUAUAAGAAAAAACAGCAUUUAUUUCUCCGAGCAACAGGUCGUACCUCAGCAACAGCUGCUACAAGUAGCAAAGCUUUAUGGGAAGUGGAGGUUGUCCAACAUGAUCCAUGCCGGGGAGGUGCAGGACGGUGGGACUCUCUCUUCAGGUUUAAGCAUCUAGCAACUGGCCAGUACUUAGCUGCAGAAAUUGACGAUGAUGAUACAUUUGAUUCCAUGCGUAACAAAUUAAGAGAUCCACAAGGAGGGCCAGUGUAUCAUUUAGUUUCUGUUCCACAUUCUAAUGAGAUAGCUACUCUAUUUGAAUUGGAUGCUACCACACAUAUGCGGGGUGACUCUUUGGUUCCUCAAUCUUCUUAUGUUCGAUUGCGACAUAUAUGCACAAAUACAUGGGUUCACAGCACUUCCAUUCCAAUUGAUAAAGAUGACGAGAAACCAGUCAUGUCCAAAGUGGGUUGUGCUACAAUCAAAGAAGAUAAGGAAGCAUUUGCUUUAAUAUCAGUAUCACCGACAGAAGUAAGAGAUCUUGAUUUUGCCAAUGAUGCCUGCAAAGUUCUUGCUACUAUAUCAUCCAAAUUAGAGAAAGGCACGAUUUCACACAAUGAAAGGAGAGCUGUGACCAGUUUGCUGCAGGAUAUUGUAUACUUCAUUGCUGGCUUAGAAAAUGAACAAAAUAAGUCGGAAGCAUUAGAACUAAUUGUUCAGAAUCCCAACAGGGAUAGGCAGAAAUUGCUUAGAGAGCAAUACAUUUUGAAGCAGCUUUUUAAGAUUCUUCAAGCACCUUUUCUAGAAUCUGAGGAAGGGGAAGGUCCAUUUCUAAAAAUUGAAGAAUUAAAUGAUCCCCGUCAUGCACCUUACAAAUAUAUGUUCAGGCUCUGUUAUAGAAUUCUUAGAUUAAGUCAGCAAGAUUAUCGUAAAAACCAGGAGUACAUUGCUAAACAUUUUGGAUUCAUGCAGAAACAAAUAGGCUAUGAUAUUUUAGCAGAGGACACAAUUACAGCAUUGCUCCACAAUAAUAGGAAACUUUUGGAGAAGCAUAUCACUGCUGCAGAAAUAGAAACAUUUGUUGGUCUUGUACGCAAGAACAUGCACAAUUGGGAGUCACGUUUCUUAGAUUAUCUGUCUGACUUAUGUAUAUCAAACAAAAAAGCCAUUGCUGUCACUCAGGAGCUCAUAUGCAAAAGUGUAUUGAGUAUAAAAAAUUCUGAUAUACUGAUUGAGACAAGGAUGAUGAAAACUCAUCUGGAAAUUGAACAAGAAUCUGUAUUGGAAGAAAAUGAAAGUCCUGAAACUAUUGUUGAAGAAGAAGAAGAAGUUUUGCUGCUGUGGAGUAAUCGAGAGAAAAGUAUGUCAUUGGUAGAACUGUCUCGUAGUUCCAAACUAGGAAACAUUGAACCUCAAGCUAUUUUGGAUUAUUAUCGUCAUCAGUUGGAUCUUUUCUCUAACAUGUGCCUAAAUCGCCAAUAUUUGGCUCUCAAUAUUUUGUCUCCGCAUCUUGACAUUGACCUUAUUUUGAAGUGCAUGGCAGAUGUAAAUGUUCAAUAUGAUCUUCGAGCAUCAUUUUGUCGUCUAAUGCUGCAUCUUCAUGUGGACCGUGAUCCUCAAGAACAAGUAACUCCAGUGAAAUAUGCACGAUUGUGGUCUGAAAUCCCAUCAAAAAUGUCAAUUCAAGAUUAUGACAGCAAUAAAACACCAGAUCACAAUAAAGAAACUGUGAGGGCAAGAUUUAGUUCUACCAUUAUAUUCGUUGAAGAAUAUCUCUGCAAUGUGGUUGCUGAAAUGUGGAGCUUUGGGGAUCAAGAAAGAAACAAGUUGACAUUUGAGGUUGUAAAACUGGCUCGAGAUUUAAUCUAUUUUGGAUUCUACAGUUUUAGUGAUUUAUUACGCCUCACCAAGACAUUACUCAAUAUAUUGGAUUGUGUGUCAGAUAAUGAUUUUAAUGGCAAGAUACCAACUGGAGAUAUUGAUUCUGAACACAGGGAGAAUGAAGAAGAGGAAGAAGGAGCUGAAGGUGGUGUGCUUCGAUCAAUUGGUGAUAUGGGAGCAGUUAUGACUGGACUCACUUUAGGAACGACUGGACUCACGAGAUCUGGUAUUUCUCCCUCAGUGCAGAAUAAGCCAUCCCAGUUGAAGGAGUACCCGUUGGUCAUGGACACCAAGUUGAAAAUAAUCGAAAUUUUGCAGUUUAUUCUUGAUGUGCGACUGGAUUAUCGCAUUAGUUGUCUGCUUUCCAUUUUUAAACGAGAAUUUGAUGAGACCGAACGAACAUCAGAUGUUACUGUUACAUUAGGUCAAAAGAGCAUAGAUUUAGAAAGCAUAGGAACUCAAGCAGAAGGAAUAUUUGGAAGUAGUGAAGAGUGUGCAGCAUUAGAUUUGGAUGGCCAAGGUGGUCGCACUUUCUUAAGAGUGUUGUUACAUUUGACUAUGCAUGAUUAUCCUCCAUUGGUAUCUGGGGCUCUCCAUUUACUUUUUCGACAUUUCAGUCAGCGUCAAGAAGUACUUCAAGCCUUUAAACAGGUCCAGUUAUUGGUUUCCGACAUGGAUGUUGAAUCAUACAAACAAAUUAAGUCUGAUUUAGACGUAUUACGGCAAUCAGUGGAGAAGUCUGAACUCUGGGUAUACAAAUGUAAAACUGGUGAAGAACAUGGUAAAAUAAAGAAUAAAGAUGAAGAAGAAGAGAUAGUCCGAGAACGAGAAACACCAAAACAAAUACCACCAGCUUUAUCAGCCUCUGAGAAACAGGGAUCAGCAAUUGAUUUAGACAUUGGUCCCCCUUUACAUGGAGAACAAGCUGAUGAAUACAAGAAAAUCCAGCAGAUACUAAUUCGUAUGAAUAAAUUGUGUACUCAAGUAUGUGCUGGGGGUGUGGUGAAGCCUCGAAAGCAUGAACAGCGCUUGUUGAGGAAUGUCGGUGUUCACAUUGUAGUCCUAGAUCUUCUGCAAGUACCGUAUGACAAGAAAGAAGAUGUUAGAAUGAAUGAACUUAUGAGAUUAGCUCACGAGUUUCUUCAGAACUUUUGUUUGGGUAAUCAACAGAACCAAGUUCUACUUCACAAGCAAUUGGACCUCUUCUUAAACCCUGGGAUUCUAGAGGCUGAAACAGUUCGUAGCAUAUUCCAAGACAAUUCAACACUGUGCAAUGAAGUAAAUGAAAAAGUAAUUCAACAUUUUGUGCAUUGCAUAGAAACUCAUGGCCGCCAUGUACAGUAUUUAAAAUUUCUUCAGACAAUAGUGAAAGCUGAAAAUCAAUUCAUUAGGAAAUGUCAGGAUAUGGUUAUGCAAGAGCUGGUUAAUGCAGGAGAAGAUGUACUUGUAUUUUACAAUGACAAAGCAUCGUUUAACCAAUUUGUUGAAAUGAUGAGGUCAAAACGAUAUCGUGUGGAUGAGAGUGGCGCUUUAAGAUAUCACAUAGAAUUGGUUAAAUUAUUGGCAUGCUGUACUAUGGGGAAGAACGUGUAUACUGAGAUAAAAUGUCACAGUUUACUGCCACUUGAUGAUAUUGUUGCUGUGGUUUCACAUCCAGAUUGUAUUCCUGAGGUGAAAGAAGCGUACAUCAACUUCCUAAAUCAUUGCUAUAUUGAUACAGAAGUAGAAAUGAAAGAAAUCUACACUUCAAAUCACAUGUGGAGUCUUUUCGAAAAGAGCUUUCUUGUUGAUAUGAGUUCUGUGGCCACUGACACUUUGGAUCGUAAAGAAGCUAACACAGCAUUGGAAAAUUACAUUAUAAAUAGUGUCAUGAAUAUCAUUACUACUUUCUUCAAUACUCCAUUUUCAGACCAGAGUACUACUGUUCAGACCAGGCAACCAAUAUUUGUACAACUAUUGCAUUCUGCAUUUAGAAUCUCCCAAUGUACUUGGUUGAAUGCAUCUCAACGUUUCAAUGUUGAAAAUUGUAUUAGAACUCUUUCUGAUGUUGCCAAAGGUCGAGGAAUUGCCAUUCCAUCAGAUCUUGAAAGUCAAGUGUUGUCCAUGUUUAGUAAAGCUGCAAUGCUGUCGAGACAGACUAGCAAAUGGCUACAAGCUGCGAAAGCACCAAAGAUUGAACGUUCACAAUCACAACUAAUGAGACUUGAUCGCAGCAUCAUUGAAGGGUUGCAGGAUAUUGUGUCAUUAUUAGAAGACCAACUGAAACCUCUAGUUCAGUCAGAACUCUCUUUAUUGGUGGACAUAUUGUAUAGACCUGAAUUGCUUUUCCCUGCUGACACUGAAGCAAGAAAAAGAUGCGAAAGUGGUGGAUUCAUUAAAAGAUUGAUAAAACACACUGAGAAAUUGUUGGAAGAAAAAGAAGAAAAACUAUGUGUAAAAGUACUUCGAACAUUACGAGAAAUGAUGGCGAUUGAUGCUGAGUAUGGUGAAAAGGGUGACCAUUUACGUAUGAGUCUAUUGAUUCGAUAUUUUGGAGUACUUAAAAGAGAAUCAGUUGAGUUGAGUGGUUCUAGACCACCCGUGACCCAUGGACCAGGAGCUAAAGUGUUAAGUAGAGCUGGAAGAACAUUGCAUGAAGUUCAGAGUCAUCUGAACAAUGAAGGAGCAUCAGAUUUAGUUGUUGAGUUGGUUAUAAAAUCUGUGAACUCUCCGUCGAUUUUUGUGGAAGCUGUGGAAUUGGGCAUAGCCCUUUUGGAAGGUGGAAAUCCUGUAAUUCAAAAGAGCAUGUCCAACAAACUGGUGGAAGGAGAACUGAGUCAAGCCUUUUUUAAGGUGUUUUUUGACAUGAUGAGAGAAUCUCAAGCAGAAAUAAGGUCAACUGUAUCAGUUAACACUUCUGAUAUGGCUGCAAAGGCUCAUGAAGAAAAAGAACAAGGCAGAGAGUUGGAAAAAUUGGCGAAGAAAAAAGGAGUUAAGCCAAAUGGAAUAAUAAUCACUGAAGACUUACGAGAAGAAUUGAACCAAGCUGCUAUAGCAACAACACAUAGUUAUGCUGUUGUAAGAAGUGCAUCACAAGGUGAGGAUGCAGGUUCAUCAGUCCUUGGUCAAGGUUCUGCCUUAGAAGAUAUGUUAGCAGAGAAAUUAGAACGUCAUCGAGAUCGUGAAGAGAAAAACAAGCUUUCUGCAAAAGUAUUGGUUAUGCAACCAAUUUUGAGGUUUUUACAACUUCUGUGUGAAAAUCAUAAUAGGGAAUUGCAGAACCUGUUGCGAACUCAGCGAAAUAAGACAAAUUAUAAUCUUGUAUCUGAGACAUUAAUGUUUCUGGAUUGUAUAUGUGGUUCCACUACUGGAGGAUUGGGUCUUUUAGGCUUGUAUAUAAAUGAAAACAAUGUAGCUCUUAUUAAUCAAACUUUAGAAACAUUGACCGAGUACUGUCAAGGCCCAUGUCAUGACAAUCAGAAUUGUGUUGCUACUCAUGAAUCAAAUGGUCUGGACAUUAUCACUGCCCUUAUUCUCACCGACAUUAAUCCUUUGGGAAAGACAAGAAUGGAUCUCGUUCUGGAACUGAAGAAUAAUGCCUCUAAAUUAUUGUUGGCAAUAAUGGAAAGUAGAGUAGCUUGCAAAGCAUAUCAUCAAGAAUCUGUUGAUGACGAUGAUGAUGAUGAUGGGGAAGAUGCCUCUACAGAAGCUAGUGAUGGAGUUUCUCCUAAGGAGGUGGGGCAUAAUAUUUACAUUUUGUGUCACCAAUUGGCACAGCAUAAUAAAGAUCUUGCUGGAAUGCUGAAACCAUCUGAUAAUUACAGUGAUCCUAAAAUGAACCAAGCGUUACAGUAUUAUGCCUCACAUACUGCACAAAUUGAAAUUGUCCGACAAGAUAGAACGCUAGAACAAAUAGUGUUUCCCAUACCUGAAAUUUGUGAAUACCUAACUCCAGACACUAAGUUUAGAGUCUUAAAUACUGCUGAAAGAGAUGAUCAGGGAUCAAAAGUGUCAGACUUUUUUGAAAGAAGUGAAGAUAUGUUUAAUGAAAUGAAAUGGCAGAAAAAAUUACGAGGUCAGCCCAUGCUAUUUUGGGUCAGCAGUCAUAUGUCACUAUGGAGCAAUGUUCUCUUCAACUGUGCUGUACUUAUAAAUCUUAUUGUAGCUUUCUUCUAUCCUUUCAUGGAAUCUGUACCAAAAUUGGGUCAUCACCUUUCUGGGUUAAUUUGGGCUGUAAUGUUAAUAUCUGCUGCAAUUGUCAUAACUGUUCCACGAGAGUCGGGUAUUCGUACCUUGGUUGCUUCAUCAAUUCUGAGAAUGAUAUUUUCUGUGGGACCUGAGCCAACUCUAAUGGUUUUAGGCACUAUAACAGUUUUUCUUAAAGGCAUUCAUUUGGUUAGCAUUAUGGGAAAUCAAGGAACAUUUACUAAGAACUUUGAACAAAUGAUUACUGAUGCUGAAUUGCUUUACCAUUCAGCCUACUUAAUUUUCUGUCUUCUUGGCUUGUGUAUGCAUCCAUUCUUUUAUUCUGUUCUGCUAUUUGAUGUUGUAUACCGGGAAGAAACAUUGUUAAAUGUUAUUAGAUCUGUGACACGCAAUGGGCGUUCAAUUAUACUCACAGCUGUGCUGGCCCUUAUACUUGUGUACAUGUUUUCGAUUAUUGGGUACAUGUUUUUCAAAGAUGACUUUCUUGUUUCUGUUGAUGUUGAUGAGGAUCAAAUUGAAGUACCUGCAUCACUUGAUAAUAAAUCAGCAGAUUCAGAAAGUUGUUCUGCUGAGAAAGGUUGUAACUUUACAGCUGAGACUUCAAAAUACUCUAAUCCAGAAGCUCCUGAUCUUACUCCAAAAAAUAUAGCAACAAUGGUUUCAGUAUCUGGAGAAGUGAGGGAGCGCGCUUGCGACUCAUUGGUGAUGUGCAUUGUUACAACCUUGAAUCAAGGUUUGAGAAAUGGAGGUGGAAUUGGUGACAUUCUCCGUGCUCCAAGUAGCCAAGAAGCGUUAUUUGUUGCACGAGUUGUGUAUGAUCUUCUGUUCUUCUUCAUUGUGAUUAUUAUUGUUUUGAAUCUCAUUUUUGGUGUUAUUAUUGAUACAUUUGCUGAUUUGAGAAGUGAAAAGCAAAAUAAGGAACUGAUUCUAAAGAAUCAUUGUUUCAUUUGUGCAUUGCAGAGAUCAGAUUUUGAUAAUAAAACUGUAAGCUUUGAAGAACAUAUUAAAAGUGAACACAAUAUGUGGCAUUAUCUGUUUUUCAUUGUUUUGGUGAAAGUCAAAGAUCCAACUGAAUUUACUGGUCCAGAGAGUUACGUGUAUGCAAUGGACAGAAAUUUGGAGUGGUUUCCUCGACUCAGGGCAAUGUCAUUAGCUGCUGAUGAAGGGGAAGGUGAACAAAUGGAAUUGAGAACUCUACAAGUGCAACUAGAGAAAACUCAACUUUUGGUUGCAAAUCUUUCUCAACAGUUGACUGAACUGAAAGAUCAGAUGACGGAACAAAGGAAACAAAAGCAGAGAUUGGGCUUGCUCAGUUCUUCAGCACAAUUGUCUGCUUAUUAUACCAUGAAAUAAUAUUUUAAAAUAUCUUGUUGCAAAGAUUUUAUGACUGCUAAGUGUGAUGACUUGAUUGUGCAUAUGUUAAGAUGGUAUUGCUAUUAACAUUUACUGUUACACUCUGGUUUGAACAAAAUUGAUUUUGCUGAUGUUGCUUCUAAACUGCAGUGUAAAUUAAUAAUGUUUGGAUGUGCAUGAACUACAGAAUUUUAGUAUAUUACCCAAAAGACGUAGGUGGCAGAAAUAUGUGGCAAUAAGAGAACACAAGGAAAUACCACCUGUACUCUUAUAUUUUCCUCCCUUGUUGUUUCAUUUGAUAUCCUGGCCGAAAAUAGAAAUAAGUACAUCAUUUCUCAUUCUUUUUAAUUAUUUGCACCUAUUAGUGAUGGUAGAACCAUAAUACAGAACUCCAUCUCAUAGAUGUGUUGAGAAGUAUAAGGUGAAUAUUGUUCUAUUUAGCUCUUUUUUUAUAACGUUUUCUUUCAAAUUAUAGAAUAGGAAUGCCAUGGUUUUAUUUAUUAAAUGGUGUUGUCAGGUGUGGCUUAAAUGCUUUGUGAUAAUUGUUAAUACAAUUCUGGCAACAGUGAUACAUUUGCAGCAAUAUACUUCAUGCAAGCAAAAACAUUGUCUGUAGCUUUUCAUGAAAAUUAGAUAUUCACUUGCAGGUGUGUGUAGAUAUACAUCCUCUCAAAAACAUAUAAUGAUCCAUAGUUGUUUUUUUGUUGCAAAUAAAAAUCACAGUGAACCAUGGCUAUUUUUUUAUUUCUUCAAAUUACUUAUGUGACACCUAAUCUGCUAAUUAAAGAAGAUGAUUUGCUCCUUAUGCAAAAUAGAAUCUUUUGAUUUGAAAAUCUCAGUAUUUAUGAUAUAUCAAUUUAGUCUGUUACAAAUGAAAAAGAAAGAUUGAGAAAAUAAAUUACAAAUUUUCUUGUAACUAAUCAUAACAAACAUGGGAAAUAAGAACAUUAACAAAUCAAUUGUGUUGUGAAAAUCAUCUUCAAAAUGAAAGUGCUAAAAUUAAUUUUCCUUUUAAAUAUGAGAUUAACUAGGUGUGCCAAAUUUGUUCACAUAAGGUCCAAUUAAUUGUUCCUAAAUUAUUUUAGCAAGUGUUGUGUUUGUUGUCAUUUCAAUCAUCAGUGUACAUUGUCAUACUUUACAUUAUCAUCAGAAUCAUUGUAAUUUGCUCCAGUCAUGCCAGGUGCCCUACAUUUCCUAUUUAGUAUUUUAUUUUAUGUAAUGGAAAUCCAACAGAAAUAUUUUCAUUGUAGAACUAUGACUUGUAAUCAAGAGUGAAACAUGUAAUUGGUUUCAUAGAUUUGUACUUUUAUAAAUUUGCACUUUUUACAGUGAUAGAUAUUGGUUCAUUUCACCAUAAUAUGAAUGAGGUUGUAAUAAACAGAUCUCUUACCGAAGGUCAAUGUUCUGAGGUAAAUAAAACAUCCUCCGUAAAAUGGAGUGGAAAGUUGUACAUACAAUUUAUUACUUAGAAAUAUUUCAAAAGAAAGAUAGAAAAUGUAGAAUCUCUUUUAAAGGGACUCAUCUAAUUUUUGUUAUUUCUGUUGUAUUUUCAAAGGUACAAAAGUCCAAUAUUAAGACUGCACAUGAACAGGAAAAGGUUGUGUAAUGUAACAAAUUGUAAAUGUUUUGAUAAGUGUGUCAAGAUUUUUAGUUCAGUUGUUUGUGUUAGCUUUUAAUAUUUCUUUCUAUAAUAAUAAUAAUAAUAAUAAUAAUAUUAUUAUUUCUAAUUUUUUCAUAAUCACAUUGAUUUCACUAAAUGUGAGGCUGUAUCCUAUACUCUGUAAAAAUGCUCUAGGCCAGGAAAAGUUUGGAAUAAGGAGAGGAAAUUAUGUGAGUCAAUAUGGUAAGUCUUUGUGAUGCAUUCUUAAUACUAUAUAUAUGAGGUGUAUCGCCAUUUGUUAUGUAAUAUACUAGGUUAUAUUUAUUUGUUUGCAAUAUAAUUACUUAAGUGUGGGGAUGCUGUGUGCUUAUUUAUUUAAUAAGUGUUCUUUUCGCAACAUGGCACAUAACUUCGUAUUAAUAUGGUUACAUGUCACAUCCUGUGAAUGUUGAAUGAAAUUUAUGCAGUCUUAAAAGAUUUCAUGUUAGAAUAUGUUAAUUAAAUACUCUAUUCUUUCUCGAAACUUUUAGUGAUGAAUAAGUGGGAAUGAUUUUAUCUUUAAUGUGUAUCUUGUUAUCUCUUCUUGUCAUAUCCAUUCCUUUAUGUGGAUUACUGGUCACAACUCAAAAUGUCAAUGUGGCAUUUGUUCUGUUUUUGUAAAAUGUACUUCCAAUGAAAUUGUAAGCAUUUGCCCUGUCAUCAAUUUCAAAAGUACACUAUUUGUUGAUGUUUAUUGAAUUUUAUUAUAUAGAUAUAUAUAUAUUGUAAAUGUUAAUAAAGUUUCCUGCACUUGAAUAGAAUCAAUCUGUUACUAAAUAACUACAUUCUUUUUGUGUAACAGAAAAUGAUGGGAAGUUCCUCAUGUAAUAAUAUUUUGUAUAUUGGUAUCCACAUGUGUUUUAAUUUGUAUGAUUGUGUGAAAUUGGUGUUUUGAAAUGAACACUUUGAAAUCGUGUGGUAUUGUUGAAAGUAAGAAGAAUCUUUAGAACAAGUCCAAUGUGUUUAAAAACAAAGCGUGAUGUAGAAUCUUUAAAACGUGAAUUAAAAUAUUUCAAAAGUAUUUCUCAGUCGAU